AUGGAGCGCAGGGGACACUCCGGAUCCGCACCCCGGGAUACCUGGAUUCUGCGGCUGCUCUGCGGGCUGCUCUGCUGGAAUGUGGCCGGGCUGCCGAGCGUCCGCACCGCCGGAGCCCCGCCCGCGCCGCUGUCCGAGCUGCACGCGCAGCUGUCGGGCGUGGAGCAGCUGCUGGAGGAGUUCCGCCGGCAGCUCCAGCAGGAGAGGCCGCAGGAGGAGCUGGAGCUGGAGCUGCGCGGCGGCGGCCCACGAGAGGGCUGCCCCGGCCCGGGCGGCGAUGGCUACAGCGCCAUGGCGGACGCCAUCAUCCGCACCAAGGACUCCAUCGCGGCGGGCGCCAGCUUCCUGAGGGCGCCGGCGGCCGUGCGGGAUUGGCGGCAGUGCGUGACGUCCUGCUGCUCCGAGCCACGCUGCUCCGUGGCGGUGGUGGAGCGGCCCCGGCGGCCCACGGCCCCGGCCGCCGCGCUCCGCUGCUACCUCUUCAACUGCACGGCGCACGGCCGCAGCGUCUGCAAGUUCGCGCUGCAUCGAGGCUACAGCAGCUACAGCCUCAGCCGCGCCCCCGAGCUGGGGAACCUGGAAGCCCACCUCAGCCUCAGCCGAGCCCCGGAUCUGGGUGGCCUGGAAACCGCAGCUCCGGCCAAGGCCACUGCCUGGGCCCCGCCCCCUCUGGAUGAGGACAGGCCUCCACUUAGCAAGGCUGGGAAGGAUGUGAUUUUGCAUCUGCCCAUGGAUGGGGUGGUUUUGGAUGGCCGAGAGAGCACAGACGACCACGCCAUCAUCAAGUACGAGUGGACGCUGUUACAGGGUGACCCAUCAGUGGACAUGCAGGUGCCUCAGCCAGGAACCCUGAAGCUUUCCCACCUGCAGGAAGGGGAGUAUACGUUCCAGCUGACUGUGACUGACACUGUGGGUCAGAGAAGCUCUGACAAUGUGUCGGUGGCUGUGCGUGCCAGGACCUAUACCCCAGGAGGAUGCCUGACUGUUUGCUCGCGCUACCACUUCUUCUGCGAUGACGGCUGCUGCAUCGACAUCACCCUGGCUUGCGACGGCAUGCCGCAGUGUCCAGAUGGGUCUGACGAAGCCUUCUGUCAAAACUUGGGCCUUGACCGCAAGAUGGUGAGUCACACAGCAGCCAGUCCUGCCCAGUCAAGAACCAUGGGGCAGAGUCAAGAUGCAGGCGAGGACUCCUUGUUGGAAAAGUCCCAGAGAACCACUACCCCCAACCAGCCAGCUACAUUGUCAGACACAGGGAAGAACCAUUCCUUCUCCAUGGGUUCAGAAAGUGAAGUCAUCCUCGGGGUGCCAGAUAGCUCCUCAAGGAAGAACAAAAAAGAGGAGGAAAGUUAUAUUUUUGAGUCCAAGAGUGAUCAUGCAAGAGAAGAACACCCGCCUCCCGAAGCAGGUGCCGUACUGCCUCUGGCAUUGGGUUUGGCAAUCACUGCUUCGCUUCUUCUCAUGGUUGUUUGCCGAUUACGAUUGGUGAAACAGAAACUUAAGAAAGCUCGUCCCAUUACAUCUGAGGAAUCUGACUACCUCAUAAAUGGGAUGUAUCUGUAAUAAGUGUAAUUUAAUAGCUUAGGGCAAGGACAUGCUUCACUCACAAUUUCCUAUGUUGGGCUCUGCCAUUUAUGACCUCUUGCAAGAUCCUGUAAAUCAUAAACCUUUAUUUAGUGUAGAUUUCCUGUAGGAGGUAGGUGAAGUGUUUUGAAAUUUAGAGAGGAGUUGAAAUUUAUUAGGAAUUCAUGUGAUUAAAGACUUUUACUAUCUUACUUCUCAAUUUAUCAAAUCUAUCCUUGGAAACAGAAGCUUGUGGUCUGCUGAGGCAGAAAAGUCGGUAUUUCAACAUGACCUCAGUAUGGCAGUGCUUUGUUGAGAAGUAACCACCACUGGCCCUGCAGCCCCUGGGCAGCUUUCCCAGGUCUGCUUUAAGUUUCCUGGCUCUCCUUUCUCACUUCCCCCAGAAAAUGUUUCUUAAACUGGAUUUCACAUGUUUAUGCUUGAGAUGGUGCCUUUGAUAGGUGUGUUGGAAUUUUCUGAGCAGCUGAGUGAAGCCUCAGGGUAGAGUAAUGUGGGCCCUCCCAAUUCCUCUGAUAUUGUAUCAUGUUUGUGGCUGCCAUCUUAGGCUGAUCCUUGGAGAAAACAAGAUUUGGGAUGAGGAAGGGCUCUAAAAUGGCUAUGAAGUAAGGUAGGAAAUGAAUGUAGGAGCAGAGAACCAGGAGAACCAAAAUUUUUAAUAGAAACAGCUGUGAGUAAGUGUGCAAGAAGACAAUUACUAUUGGUUCCCGUUGGUCAAUAUGGCCUGUGGCCCAGGACACACUUUUCAUGUCUGUGGUCAAUGGUUCUAAUCACAAGUCCUUGAUAAAAGAGACAAAUGCAAACUCUAAAACCGAACAUUGGAUUUGUGGGCAUAACUUCAACAUGUUACCAUAUGUAAGUACUGGCUCGUUAUUUGGCCUACUGGAAUGAGCCAGGGUUUGUGUAUGGCACUACCACUCAGCUACAUUCCAGCCCUUAUCAGUUUUAAUUCUUUAAAAAGUUAUAAUGUACUAUCAGCUAGAUGUCAGACUUGAGAGAGCAGAACGCAAGUGUUGCACAAAUUUAUCCUUACAGAAAACUGGCAUCUAACUUAGGGCACUGGACAGCAAAUUACUCCCUUUAUUACACUCUAGAAGUUAUUCUACUGAAAUGUAUAUGUAGUGUGGCAGUAUGGUGUCACAUAUUCCUAUUCAUUUUUACAUAAGUGGAAAAUGUUUAAUGCACUUGAAAACAGCCUGAAUCUGCUUCUUUAGCAAGGGGCAUGAUUUUGGUGGCAAAUAUAUUGAAACACAUAAACAAAUGGAAAGUUAGCUCUAGAAAACCAAACUGACUAUCAUGUUUGUUUCCUGAGAAACUCUGUCCUUUUUUUUUUUUAAACUAUUAAAUGCUUAGAGUUUAAUAGUGAUUUAAACAUACUGACGACAGAGAAAUGAAGUUAAGGUAUCUGUAUCUGUGAUUCUACAUAAUUUUUUAUCUAGAAGGAUGUCACCUAUAGCCAUAUCUAAUAAAAACUGUUAAGGCAUGCAUCUCCCAGCACAUUUUAUAUAUGAAGAAAUUAAUACUAUUUGGUAUUGCUAUGAUGUUGAAAAUUCCUUUAAUAAAUUGUAUUUUCUUCCACCUUUAAAAAAAUCUUUUAAUGUAAAUCCUAAGUUGCUAAUGUUGACUGAGGUGUUAAUUGUAUUAUUUGGAUUGAAUUAUACCAACUAUUAUUUUACAAAAGGAGAAAUAGAGGAUUAGUGAUUUUCUUGAGACCCUAUAACAUAAAUUAGAAAUGAGUAUUGUAGCCCAUACCUUUAUUCCUAGCUGCUUGGGAAAUCAGAGGCAAGAUUAUUAAGAUCUUAUCUCAAAAGCAUAAGUAACUCAAGUAGUAGAGCACUUGCUUGGGAAGCAAGAGGCCUUGGCCUGGGUAUUCAAUCCCGUAUUCUGC